AUGUUGGAGGGUGGAAGUUUUGAUGUUUCACUUGGAAAUUUGUUUAGUUGGCUUCAAGUUAAAACGCUGGAACCUGCUUUUCAAGGAACUGGUCAGAGAAUAGGGACUGAGAUUUGGAGAAUUGAGAACUUCCAACCGGUUCCUUUGCCAAAAUCUGAUUAUGGUAAAUUCUACUCCGGGGAUUCAUAUAUCAUCCUGCAGACAAGUGCUGGAAAGGGAGGUGCCUAUCUUUUUGACAUACACUUCUGGCUCGGAAAGGAUACUAGCCAGGAUGAAGCGGGAACUGCAGCUAUAAAAACUGUUGAACUCGAUGCCAUUCUUGGUGGCCGUGCUGUGCAGUACAGAGAAUUACAAGGGCAUGAGUCAGACAAAUUCUUGUCGUAUUUUAGACCAUGUAUUAUACCAUUGGAAGGUGGUGUUGCUUCUGGAUUUAAGAAAACCGAAGAAGAAGAGUUCGAAACACGAUUGUAUAUAUGUAGAGGAAAACGAGUUGUGAGAUUAAAGCAGGUCCCUUUCUCACGAUCCUCAUUAAAUCACGAUGAUGUUUUUGUUCUCGACUCGAAAGACAAGAUAUAUCAGUUCAAUGGUGCAAACUCCAAUAUUCAAGAAAGGGCCAAAGCAUUAGAAGUAAUCCAGUUUUUAAAGGAAAAGUAUCACGAAGGGAAGUGUGAUGUGGCAAUUGUUGAUGAUGGAAAAUUACAAGCUGAGUCGGAUUCUGGUGAAUUCUGGAUCCUAUUUGGCGGAUUCGCUCCUAUCGGUAAAAGAGUUGCUACAGAAGAUGAUGUCAUCCCGGAGAAGACUUCUCCCCAACUUUACAGUAUAAUUGACGGUCAAGUUAAGACUGUAGAUGGUGAACUUUCCAAGUCGGCACUGGAAAAUAAUAAAUGUUUUUUAUUGGAUUGUGGUGCUGAGGUAUUUGUUUGGGUUGGCCGGGUAACUCAAGUUGAUGAGAGGAAAGCUGCUAUUCAAGUUACAGAGGAUUUCUUGGCAAGCCAAAAUAGACCAAAGUCAACACAUAUAACUCGGCUUAUUCAAGGUUACGAGACUCAUUCUUUCAAGUCCAGCUUUGAUUCCUGGCCAGCUGGAUCAGCACCUUCUGUUGCUGAAGAGGGACGGGGAAAAGUAGCCGCUAUGCUGAAGCAGCAAGGUGUAGGCUCAAAAGGAGCUAGUAAAAGUGUUCCGGUGAACGAGGAAGUCCCUCCAUUGCUUGAAGGAGGCGGGAAAAUCGAGGUUUGGCUUAUCAAUGGCGGUGCUAAAACUUCAGUGCCCGAUGAAGACAUCGGUAAAUUUUACAGUGGGAAUUGCUACAUAGUGCUCUACACAUACAAUCACAAUGAAAGGAAGGAAGAUUACUAUUUGUGCUGUUGGAUUGGUAAAGACAGCAUUGAGGAGGAUCAGAAAACGGCUGCUAGACUUUCAACUACUAUGUAUAACUCACUGAAGGGAAGACCAGUUCAGGGCUGGAUAUUUCAAGGGAAAGAGUCACCUCAGUUUGUUGCAAUCUUUCAGCCAAUGGUUGUCCUUAAGGGUGGAACGAGCUCAGGUUACAAAAACUAUAUUGCAGACAAAGGUUUGAACAAUGAAACAUACACCGCUGAUGGUGUUGCACUCAUUCGCAUCUCUGGAACUUCUUCGCAUAAUGAUAAAGCUGUUCAAGUUGAAGCUGUGGCAGCGUCACUUAAUUCAAGUGAAUGCUUUCUUCUUCAAUCCGGAACUUCAGUUUUCAGUUGGCACGGUAGUCAAAGUACUGUUGAACAACAACAGUUAGCAGCCAAAGUUGCAGAAUUUCUGAAGCCAGGAUCAACCAUCAAACACACUAAAGAAGGAACCGAGAGCUCGUCCUUUUGGUUUGCUCUUGGAGGGAAACAAAGUUACACCACUAAGAAAGUAACUCCGGAGAUUGUCAGAGAUCCACACUUAUUUGCCUUCUCCUUCAACAAAGGAAAAUUCGAGGUUGAAGAAAUCUACAACUUUUCUCAAGACGACCUUUUAACGGAGGACACAUUGAUUCUUGACACACAUGCCGAAGUGUUUGUUUGGGUUGGUCAAUCAGUGGACUCUAAAGAGAAACAAAAUGCUUUUGAAAUUGGACAGAAAUACAUGGAGAUGGCGGCUUUGUUAGAUGGAUUGUCCCCGAAUAUUCCAUUGUACAGAGUUGCAGAAGGAAACGAGCCCUGCUUCUUCACCGCAUUUUUUUCAUGGGAUCCUGCAAAAGCAAUUGCACAGGGAAACUCUUUCCAAAAGAAGGUGAUGCAGCUCUUUGGCACUGGUCAUGGUGUAGGUAAUAAUCUUGCAUUUUUGUGCAAUGCUACAUACUCGAGAGCAUACAUCGUUUUUUACUUGAACUAUAUUAACUUACGUUACAAGCUAUCUGCAAAUCAGGAGAAGUCUAACGGGUCAGAUAAUGGGGGUCCCACCCAACGAGCUUCAGCUUUAGCUGCUCUGAACUCGGCAUUUAGUUCAUCUCCAACUCCAAGAACUGUUUCAACGUCUAGACCAAGCGGUACAGGUCAGGGCUCGCAACGAGCAGCUGCAGUGGCUGCUUUGUCGUCUGUUCUUACAGCCGAAAAGAAAUCAUCACCCGAAGUAUCUCCUUCCCGCGCAAAUAGAAGCCCGAUUGCAGAAGCUAGCCCACCUGCUCCAAGGAAGAGUGAAGAAGUUGCCGAGAUUGAAAACCCGAAAGAAGUUUUGGAAGUUAAGGAAAUUGAGACAGUUGAGCCUGUUGUGGAGACAAACGGCGAGGAUUCAGAGUCAAAGCAAGACAUUGACCAGGAUGAAAAUAUCUCGGAAAAUAAUCACAGUACAUUUAGCUAUGACCAGCUAAAGGCUAAAUCUGACAAUCCAGUCACCGGGAUUGAUUUUAAGCGAAGAGAGACUUAUCUAUCGGAUGAAGAAUUCGAGUCGGUUCUGGGAAUGACAAAAGAUGCUUUCUGCAAAAUGCCGAAAUGGAAGCAGGAUAUUCACAAAAAGAAAGUCGAUCUCUUCUAGAAAUGAACUCGUGGACAAGUACUUUUUUCUAUUCCCUGCACUGUCGAAUCUUUUUCUUCGAUGGGUUUUUUUUUUUUUACGGUCUUGUCCUCGACUAUUGCUAAAGAAGUGUUCUACAAUUGAUUUGUAAUUUAAUGAGGACAUUGCUGCUUGAUUACAUUCUUUGAUUUGGUUUGGUAUGUAUCUCUGUUUUGUGAUCAUUGAAGAUCAUAUCCUAUUUUUAUUUCAUCUCUUUGUAGAUUUUUUUUAUUUGAGUAAAAGGGUGUGUGUGUAAUGUAUUGCAUUUGUAUUUGUUAAGGAAUUAAUGUAGAUAAAGUUGUUUGAUAUGAAUUGUAUGAUGUAAGUUUUGAUCUUUGGAAAUCUUGUGCGUUUGAACAAGUGGUAUGUAUUGUUUACCGUUUUACACAAUUGAUUAAUAAAAAAGACUUGCUAU